GUAGCCUCAGUUAAACGGGAGACGCUCAGACGGGACGCACCGUGCCACGCGUCCGCAGUUUUGCCGGCGUCAACUGAACGACGCAGUAGACUACAGACCCUUUGCGCGCGCUUGGACAUGUGUGAGGUCUUUUCCUGGACUUUAACAGAAUUCCAGGGGCGACAGUUUUAUAUGUAGCACGAGGCUCGCGAGUGGAUGUGUGAAGACAUGCGGCGCGUUGCCUGCUAAAUAUUUUGGGACGACCAGUGAGCGAGAGACUAUGCAGCGGAUAACGGGACGAAGUGUCAGAAGCCGCGUUGGAACUCUCUUGCACUGAACUUUAAUCCCUCCGAAUAGAAACCUGUCGCGCGAGCAGUUACGCACUAUCAGCAGAGGCUCGUCCGCAUGGAGAGUGUCCUCACCGAACAAACUGCUCUUCCUGAGAAUAAGGGAAUGUUUCUUCAGUGUCGAGCCGGGAUGGAUGUGCUGUUCUAAACGCAUCUGAUCAGCAGAAAGAUGCAGCAUCUCCGCGUGGCGUGGGCGCUCGCGGGAGCGGCGCUGGGCUUUUUCCUGCUUUUCUUGAUUCAAGCGCAUUUCUUCGGAGAAGGUCAGCUGGCGGCGGGUACAUGUGAAAUCAUGAAUCUGGACAGGGACAACAGUCAGCCAAGGAGGACCAUCGCCCGGCAGACGGCCAGGUGUGCCUGCAGGAAGGGCCAGAUUGCCGGCACGACCAGAGCCAGUCCAGCAUGUGUGGAUGCGCACAUUGUCAGGAGUAGACAGUGGUGUGAGAUGAUGCCUUGUUUGGAUGAUGAAGGCUGUGACCUAUUGGUAAACAGAACGGGCUGGACAUGUGCACAGCCAGGAGGCCGAGUGAAAACAACCACAGUAUCCUGACGCCAGUGGGGGACGAUUUUCCCAAAAGAGGCGCAAUGUAUGGAAGCUCCUCAUCAUUCUCCAAAGCUACAGUGGGGCGGGGGAGGGGAGCAUUCAUCAUAGUCCUGUUAGCCCUGUCUGUCAGUCUCUCCAUUAGUCCUUCAGUCUCAUAAGAUAAGGGGCGAGGACCUCUCGUCAAGACGUAUACAUGGACCAUGAGGAACGGAUCCCCCUGUGCUGUCAAUCAAAGUUGGAACCAGCCAACAUUUUGUUUGCUGACGCCAAAACAAUGGCAAAUGAUCGGUUGCAGGAUCGUUGGUGACCUGGAUUGUGAAACGUGUACGGAUCUAUGAACUUUUACAGACCAAAGAAAUACAGACUAAUUUUCUGUGGGGAAGGAUUUCCAAUAUGAACAUGAAUGCACACAUCAGCUGCUUCAGCUUCAAAUACAAGCAAAAACACACAUACCUGAGCUUUGUAAGGAGUUCUCCCAACCAAACACAUGCAAAAUGGACAACAAAGUCAUUUGCGAUAAAACUGUUGACUUUUCUUCGAUUGUAGAUCUGCUGCCAUUGUUGUGAACGGGACUGAAAUCAGUCAGGAUUUGGAAACGUAGCGAAUGUGGAAGGGGAUUUGUCAAAAACGAAUAUUAUCUACCUGACCUGAAGAGACUAGCGAAGACUUGCGCUUCGGGAGAGACCAUCCGAUGUAUUUUCAGAGUCAAAGUUAUAAAUAUAUAUUUAACAGUUUUAUAUGAUGUACCUUUGUAGCAAACCUUAUUUAACACUGACAGUGUGAUCCUAUUCAUAAAGGGUGAAUUGAAAA